AUGGUCUCUCUUGACAAGGACAACCAGGACAUUUGUCCUAUCUGCCUGGAUCCCCUGAAAGAGGCUGUGAGCACUGACUGCAGACACCUCUUCUGCCGCAUGUGCCUGACCCAGCACAUGGAUAAGGCUUCAGUCUCUGGGGUUCUCGGCUGCCCAGUCUGCAGGAAGCCCUGUUCUGAGGGGGUCCUUGGAGACAAUUACAUCUGCCACACCCACCAGAAGAGAGUGUGCAGGUUCUGUGAGGCUAGCAGACUUCUCUUGUGUGAGGAAUGCCUCCAAUCCCCUGAACACCAGUCCCAUACUGAGCUCUCCAUUGAAAAUGCCAUCAGCCACUACAAGGAAAGACUCAAUCGUAGAAGCAGGAAGCUCAGAAAGGACCUUGGGGACCUUCAACAGCUUAAGGCUCGGGAAGGGAAGAUGCUGCAGGCUCUGCAGGCGGAUUUGGAGAGCCACAGGCUAAGAACUGACCUGCAGAACCAAGACCGAACCAAGGAACAACUGAAGGCUCUCCCUUGGCAUUGGCUGGACCAACGAGGGGACCUACCGGAGGAGGUGGCCAAGAUCUUUAACUUCUCUGAGGCAGUAACACAGCUCAGCAUCCUGGUUUCUGGCCUGGAAAGGUUGGCUAAGGAACUGGAUGCCAGCACUCUGAAGGAUGCCAGUGACUUACUAGACAGGAGUGCACCACGGAGAUUAGAAGGACUUCUCUCUCGUGUUUCUCCAGACAGUCCAAAGCUCCGUUAA